AUGAGCAGCAAAAGGGAAGAGGGCGAAUCGGACGAAUCGGAAUCAAGUGAAGAAAUUUUUGAGGUGGAAAAAAUUGUUGGAAUGAAAUCAGAAGAUGGACAUAUGCUGUACAAAGUAAGAUGGCGAGGUUUUUCUGAGUCCGAAGACACAUGGGAACCAUUUGAAAAUCUCACCGAAUCAUGUCAUAAUUUGAUUAGUGAAUACAAAGCAGAGCAUGGUUCAGAAAUAAUACAAAAUAAUGAAACUUCACCUUCGUCCAGCAGAAAACGUCGAAUUAAAAGAAUAACAAAGGAGACACCACGUUGGGAAUAUAAUGUUGUUGAAUUGAUGACACCUGAGCAGUGGAAUCCUCAUGGUAAUAUGGAAAUUCGUGAAAUUGGUAAUUUAUAUAUUCCAGACCAUAUACCGUCAGAAACUGAAAAGGAUUCAAGUCGAAAAUGUGUUUCUGUGAAGAGAAGAAAAGAUGUUAGUAAAAGUGCUAAAUCAACCAGACGUAAAAAAGCUAAAACAGAUGGAAAAGGAAAAACAUUGGCAUUGAAUGAAGAUGUCAAUCCAACUGAUGUUGUAGUAUUGGUCGAGUCACCUGAUAGAUCUGUCAAGGUGGAUGGAGGCCAAAAAAAACGAGGGAGACCGAAAAAAACUCUAGCUUCGGCACUAAUUCAUUCUGAUAAACAAAUUGAAGUUGAUAAUCAAGAAUUAUUACAAAUGGAGAUUCAGGUCGACGAAAUGUCAGAAAAUUCUGUUCCUACGGGUUCUUGCGAAAAAUCAAAAAAAAUAUAUAAAAGCAUGCACAAGCAAAAAAUUAAAAAAUGUGGUCUAAAUGAUGAAAGCAUUCAAUCUGGAAAAGAAAUUCAAUAUAAAAUGGCUGAAAGCUUGCAACAAUCUGAAUUGGAAAAGUCUUUGGAAUGUGAUCAAACUAAUACAACGAUAAUACCUUCUCACUACGAGGGAGAAGGUUUGUUGGCUUCGAUCAAUUCAGUUCAAAAUUCGAAAUUUUGUGAUACCAGUGAGAACAGAAGAAAACGAUCACGAAAGAAUAGAGCUGAUUCUGAUAGUUCAAAGUCAAAAACUGCAAAAAAAUCUCUAAAAAUUCAUUUAAAUUAUGCAUGUACUGAAAGUAAAGAAGAUUUGCCCAAACAUACUACUUUUCAAAAUCAAGAAGCUGGUUUGAAAACUGUUUGCGCAGAUUCUGAUGAAGAAGAUGGUAUUCUGGCCACAGAUAUAUUAUUAUCUGAAACUGAAAAUUUACCUUUAUCUUUUUCUACGGGUAGUUUAGACUGUAUAAAAAUUAGUGAAUGCCGAAGACAACAAAUGUUAAGAGAUAAACCACUUGAAACAUUUGAGUCAUUUCGUUCUGCUGCUUUAUCGGGACAUCUAUGGGCAAUACGUUGGACUGGUCGGUGCGUUGGAGAUAGAAGAAAAUUUGAUUUUAAUCGAGAAUAUGGUGGUAAAACAGUAGUAACAGAGUUAUGUGAAAUAUCCUGUAACAGUUCGCAUUCUGUAGAUGAUAUGGUUCGCCAGUUGGUUCAAGAUGGUUCCAAUUUACGUGCAGUUGAUAGGAUAGGUGGACGUACACCACUUCAUUUUGCAGUUUCCGCUAAUCUUUGGUGUCGAAUCAGAACACUGCUCUUACUGAGGUCACCUGUAAAUAUCCGUGAUAAAAGUGGCAAAACACCUUUGGAUCUUCUGUUAAAGAGUCGAGGACCUCAUUAUCAAGUUUUAAAAGCAAUAUUUUUAUUACUUGAAUUUGGAGCUGAUGCAUCUAAUAUCGCAAAUCGUUAUAGAAAUAUGAUAGAGAAAAACAGUUAUAUCAGUAAAAUAAUUGAACAUGACAAUAAAGUUAAUGAAUCCUUCAAUGAAGCACGAGUAAAAGUGCUUAUCGAUAUUACGGUGAGGCGAACAUUGACUCCAGUGAUUGUACGACCAAUCUGGGAAUCUGAAUGGACAGAUUUCGCCACUGAAAUCUGUUUUAAUUAUGAUCCACCAAUAUUAACAAGCGAACGCUUUCUCUAUGUCAUCCUUCUUGGUAUAUUCGACUAUAGAAGCUCCUAUAAUUGGCGUGUACGUAUGUGGGGAAAAAGUCCUUUCGAACGAGUCACAAUGAAUGAUCUUCCUGUUCAAUCUCUCCAGGGAAAUCCAAAUGGCUUUGUUUACGCUACUACUGUGAGAAAUGGAUGGAACAAAUUAAAAAUUAAAUAUCAUUCAUUUGCAAUGAAGAAAAAAUACUUAUUGAUGGCUCAAAUUCUUUUCGUGCAGUUGCAGAAACCGAUUCCAACUUAA